AUGAGCCUCAAAUCCCCAACGACUGCCCUUCCGUUUGACACCAAAAGCAGCCAUAUUAUGGCUAGAAAUGGAAGUUGUUUUCUAGUCAGGCACACCCCUCAUCCCAGAAGGGUCUGCCACAUCAAAGGUUUGAAUAACAUUCCGAUCUGUACUGUGAACGAUGAUGAGAACUCACUGGGAACAUUGUGCGGUGUUGGCCAGUUCAACCACUUAGAGAAGGAUGAAGUACCAUUUGCCAAAUGCAGUCAACCACCCACCACUGCACCCCUGGAGAGCACAGUCAGAGGAGUCUCACCAGCCCCAAACAGUGUCAAAGUGCCCCCAUCACGGCCUCAUUCUGAGCCCUGUAGAAAAAUCAAGGAGUGCUUCAAAACUUCCAGUGAGAAUCCCUUGGUAAUUAAAAAGGAAGAAAUUAAGGUAAAAAAUCCACCCUCACCACCAAAGGCAUGCUCUACAGCUGGCUCUGAUACUUCAGAGGUGAUGAGUACCAAGACUAAUGUCAAAGAGAACACCAUAUGCAUACCAAACUACCUGGAUCAGGAAAUCAAAAUUUUGGCAAAGCUUUGUAACAUUUUACGUACUGAUUCUCUGGCAGAAGUUCUACAGUGGCUGCUUCAUGCAAGUUCAAAAGAAAAAGAGUGGGUCUCAGCUUUGAUUCAUGCUGAACUGGCUGAGAUAAACUUGUUGACUCGUCUCCGAAGAAACAUCUCAGCAGAACCAGCAGCAGUGGCUGGGAAGCCACCCAGGGCUAAACUGCCUCCAAAUUCACCUCUAAAAUCAAAAGUGCUGACCAGAUCUGGGGAAGGAUAUCAACUGACCAGAGUGUCAAGUCCAGGAUCUGAAGGAAAUAAGGAAGUACCAAAAGAGGCUGAGCACAAGCCUCCAUUAUUUAUAAGAAGAAAUAAGAUGACAAUACCUGUUGCAGAGUAUUUCAGCCAACCAAAGUCUCCUUCCAGGCCUAAAACUCAGGAGAGCAUAUCAACAAAACCAAUGUCGGCAAGAAGUAUACAACAAGGAUACAAUCUCUCUCCCCAAAGAACAUUUUCUUCUCUAACAUACCAAAGCUCCACUGGAGUCACAGCCCGUCCUCACAACCAGUCAUCUUGUGAGUCAAUCCCAUUCAUGGGCAAACAGCAACCAAGGCUCACCUACAAUAGGAAGGCAAACACGACCCACACAAGGGACACAACUGGAGCACCCAGCUCAGAUGACCAAGGACACUGCACUGCUCGGGCCCCAGAGGACACCUACUAUGUAAGGCCACUCUACUAA